AGUAGCCUCAGUCGGAAAACGAUAAUGCCAAGUGCUAUGUUCGUGGCUGUCCAGCACGACUGCGGACCCAUGGACAAGAGCGCAGGCACCGGUCCCAAGAGCGAGGAGACGCGGGAAAAGAUGAAGCGAACCUUAUUAAAAGAUUGGAAGAGCCGUUUGAGCUACUUCUUGCAAAAUUCCUCCUCUCCUGGGAAGCCCAAAACCGGCAAGAAAAGCAAACAGCAAACCUUCACCAAGCCUUCUCCCGAGGAAGCACAGCUGUGGUCAGAAGCAUUUGAUGAGCUGCUAGCCAGUAAAUAUGGUCUUGCUGCAUUCAGGGCUUUUUUAAAAUCUGAAUUCUGUGAAGAAAAUAUUGAAUUCUGGCUGGCCUGUGAAGACUUCAAAAAAACCAAGUCACCCCAAAAGCUGUCCUCAAAAGCAAAGAAAAUAUAUACUGAUUUCAUAGAAAAAGAAGCUCCAAAAGAGAUCAACAUAGACUUUCAAACCAAAACUCUGAUUGCCCAAAACAUACAAGAGGCUACAAGUGGCUGCUUUACAACUGCCCAGAAAAGGGUGUACAGCUUGAUGGAGAACAAUUCUUAUCCCCGUUUCUUGGAGUCAGAAUUCUACCAAGACUUGUGUAAAAAGCCACAGAUCACCACAGAGCCCCAUGCUACCUGAGAUGAAAAAGGGAGCCCAGAAACGAGGACAUUUCAUUUUUUUCCUAAGGGGAAAGGCUGUCACCUGCCAAAAAGACUGACCUUGAAUUCAGCCUGGGUGUUCAGGAAACAUCACUCGGAACUAUUGAUUCAGAGUUGGGUAGUGAAUCAGGAAGCCAGUAGCUGUGUGGGAGAAGCUGGUACUGGGUCAGCUUCCGUAACUGAUGGAGCACAGGGAAAGCGUGGUCUAAACAUGACGCGUCUCGCGCUGGAAAAGCAGGAGCUUGAGACUGAAAGAUAACGACGUAACCCUAUUGGUCCAGAAGCAUUUACAAUCAAUAGGUCUGGGGUUAUGUGGCCUUAGUGAGCUGGGUGUACACUUUUCCCUAAAUCAGUCCUUGUUACCACAUCGUGGUUUAGCUGUAGUCUCUUUAGUACUAGGUAACACAUGUGUACUGUGUGCAAAGGGUAUUGAAGUUCCUGUGACUACAGAUCAUCAGUACUAUUGUCUGACGUAACUCUAAAGCAGUCUGUUUGAAUUGUCAAUCGCUGUGUGUAACAGAAUGAGUGCUGUUGUGUAGAAAACGACAAUGUCCAUUAUGAGUGCCAAAACUGUCCUGAUGGCAGCUAAACUUUGAAGUGGUCUUUGAGUACUUUUAAUAAAUUUAUUUUGAUAAAUAA